AAAACUCAACCGCGACGAGCGGAAACAGCUGUUCGCUUCACAAAACUUCGCAGCGCUUCCGUGUCCGUUAGAAAUGAACGCAGGCUUUGCUAAAACAUCGUAAAUAAGCCUCUGAAUCGUGCCUAACGCUCACAGCGCAUCGCCAGGAAGCAGAGCGGAGUAAAUUCACCUCAUUCGGCGGUGACCGUUUCCAAUAAUCACCGCUCGGAUUUGAACAUUUAGCGCGUUUGUGUUAACCGGGAACGGGCAUGCGCAGUGGCGACCGCAGACAGAUGCGGAUAUAAGGAUUGGCGCCGGCGCCACAGCUGAUGCAGUCAUUCAUUCUUCACUGAAGAGGGGGCUAUAAUUAAAGUUGGCAACAUGUCCAGACGCAGUCUUCGCGUGACUCUUCAAGCCAGAGACUCAAAUACGCCUGAACCAGCAGCCAGACCCCCACUGAAGAAAAGAAAGUUAGAGCCUUCUAAGAAAAAGCUACAACCUGCUGACAAGAAACAAAACUAUGAAAUACAGAAGUGCUGGUUGGAGACGGGCCCGAGUCCMUGCGUUCUCAUUGAAACUCCCCACAAAGAGCUGGAGCCCUCUGACUCAUCCAGUUUCAAACAGUACAGAUUCAAGAACCUUUUCAUCAAGGCCUCGCCGAUUCCUCGCCUCAGCUGGGCGAGUUCAGAUGACGUGUGGAUAAAGAUGCUCAACAAGGAGCUGAAGUACGUUCAUGAUAAGAGCUACCUGACGCGGCACCCCAAACUGCAGCCCAAAAUGAGGGCCAUCCUGUUGGACUGGCUCCUGGAGGUGAGCGAGGUGUACAGCCUCCACAGACAAACGGCGUACCUGGCCCAGGACUACUUCGACCGCUUCAUGCUGACUCAGGAGGACGUCAGCAAGGAUCACCUGCAGCUCAUCGGCAUCACCGCGCUCUUCAUCGCCUCCAAAAUAGAAGAAAUUUAUCCCCCUAAAAUCUACGAGUUUGCCUACGUCACGGACGGAGCGUGUGACAUGUGGGACAUCCAGCGCAUCGAGCUUCAGAUAUUAAAGGCGUUGGACUGGAACUUGUGUCCCGAGACGCCCAUCUCCUGGUUGAAGCUGUACUCGCAAGUGGAAGCCCAGAAAGACGGAGAAAACUUCCUGGAGCCUCAGUUCUGUCAGGAAACGUACAUCCAGAUUACCCAGCUGUUAGAUUUGUGUAUGAUGGACAUCUGCUCGUUGGACUACAGCUACAGUGUCCUCGCAGCUGCUGCCUUCUGCCACUUCUCUACGUUUGACAUCGUUCAUAAAGUCUCAGGCCUGACUUGGGAGAGCGUGUUUCCUUGUUAUCAGUGGAUGAGUCCCUUCAUGGAGACGCUGAGCUCUGAAGCCAAACCUCAGCUCAAGAACUUCUCCAAAGUCAAAUCUGACGACAGACACAACAUCCAGACACACGUGACCUACUUGGACCUGCUG